UUUUUUUUUGAGAAAGGGGAAUUUCGUCCCAAAUAAAAGGAAUGAAGUCUAGCUCCGGAGGAGGGUCCCCGACCUCGCUGUGGGGACUCCUGUUUUUCUCCGCCGCGCUCUCGCUCUGGCCCACGAGUGGAGAAAUCUGUGGGCCGGGCAUCGACAUCCGCAACGACUACCAGCAGCUGAGGCGCCUGGAGAACUGCACCGUGAUAGAGGGCUACCUCCACAUCCUGCUCAUUUCCAAGGCCGAGGACUACCGCAGCUACCGCUUCCCCAAGCUCACGGUCAUCACCGAGUACCUGCUGCUGUUCCGCGUGGCCGGCCUGGAGAGCCUGGGCGACCUCUUCCCCAACCUCACGGUCAUCCGCGGCUGGAAGCUCUUCUACAACUACGCCCUGGUCAUCUUCGAGAUGACCAACCUCAAGGACAUCGGGCUCUACAACCUGCGGAACAUCACCCGCGGGGCCAUCCGGAUCGAGAAGAACGCUGACCUCUGCUACCUCUCCACGGUGGACUGGUCCCUGAUCCUGGACGCCGUUUCCAACAACUACAUCGUGGGGAACAAGCCCCCCAAGGAGUGUGGGGACCUGUGCCCGGGCACGAUGGAGGAGAAGCCGCUGUGCGAGAAGACGACCAUCAACAACGAGUACAACUACCGCUGCUGGACCACAAACCGCUGCCAGAAAAUGUGCCCCAGCGCGUGCGGGAAGCGGGCGUGCACGGAGACCCACGAGUGCUGCCACCCCGAGUGCCUGGGCAGCUGCAGCGCGCCCGACAACGCCACGGCCUGCGUGGCCUGCCGCCACUAUUACUACGCCGGCGUCUGCGUGCCCAGCUGCCCGCCCAACACCUACCGCUUCGAGGGCUGGCGCUGCGUGGACCGCGACUUCUGCGCCAACAUCCCCAACGCCGAGAGCAGCGACUCGGAGGGCUUCGUCAUCCACGACGGCGAGUGCAUGCAGGAGUGCCCUUCGGGCUUCAUCCGCAACGGGAGCCAGAGCAUGUACUGCAUCCCUUGCGAAGGCCCUUGUCCCAAAGUGUGUGAGGAAGAAAAGAAGACGAAGACCAUUGAUUCUGUCACUUCUGCUCAGAUGCUCCAAGGAUGCACCAUCUUCAAAGGCAAUCUGCUCAUCAACAUCCGACGCGGCAACAACAUCGCUUCGGAGCUGGAGAACUUCAUGGGGCUCAUCGAGGUGGUGACGGGCUACGUGAAGAUCCGCCACUCCCACGCCUUGGUCUCCUUGUCCUUCCUGAAGAACCUGCGCCAGAUUCUAGGAGAGGAGCAGCUCGAGGGGAACUACUCCUUCUACGUCCUUGACAACCAGAACUUGCAGCAGCUGUGGGAUUGGGACCACCGCAACCUGACCAUCAAAGCUGGGAAAAUGUACUUUGCGUUCAAUCCCAAAUUGUGUGUCUCGGAGAUUUACCGCAUGGAGGAAGUGACGGGGACGAAAGGGCGCCAGAGCAAAGGGGACAUAAACACCAGGAACAACGGGGAGCGAGCCUCCUGUGAAAGUGACGUCCUGCACUUCACCUCCACCACCACGUGGAAGAACCGGAUCAUCAUCACCUGGCACCGGUACCGGCCCCCCGACUACCGGGACCUCAUCAGCUUCACCGUCUACUAUAAGGAAGCCCCCUUUAAAAACGUCACGGAGUAUGAUGGGCAGGACGCCUGCGGCUCCAACAGCUGGAACAUGGUGGACGUGGACCUGCCGCCCAACAAGGAUGUGGAGCCCGGCAUCUUGCUGCACGGGCUGAAGCCCUGGACACAGUACGCCGUUUACGUCAAGGCCGUGACCCUCACCAUGGUGGAGAAUGACCAUAUCCGUGGGGCCAAGAGCGAGAUCUUGUACAUUCGCACCAAUGCCUCAGUUCCUUCCAUCCCCCUGGAUGUCCUCUCGGCCUCAAACUCCUCUUCUCAGCUGAUCGUGAAGUGGAACCCGCCCUCCCUGCCCAACGGCAACCUGAGCUACUACAUCGUGCGCUGGCAGCGCCAGCCCCAGGACAGCUACCUGUACCGGCAUAACUACUGCUCCAAAGACAAAAUCCCCAUCAGGAAGUAUGCCGACGGCACCAUCGAUGUCGAGGAAGUGACGGAGAACCCCAAGACCGAGGUGUGCGGCGGGGAGAAAGGGCCGUGCUGCGCUUGCCCCAAAACUGAAGCCGAGAAGCAGGCGGAGAAGGAGGAGGCCGAAUACCGCAAGGUCUUCGAGAACUUCCUGCACAACGCCAUCUUCGUGCCCAGACCCGAACGGAAGCGGAGGGAGGUCAUGCAGAUUGCCAACACCACUGUGUCCAGCCGGAGCAGGAACACCACAGCGCUGGACACCUACAACAUUACAGACCCGGAAGAGCUCGAGACCGAGUACCCUUUCUUUGAGAGCAGAGUGGACAACAAGGAGAGAACUGUCAUCUCCAACCUCCGGCCUUUUACUCUGUACCGAAUCGACAUCCACAGCUGUAACCACGAGGCUGAGAAGCUUGGCUGCAGCGCCUCCAACUUUGUCUUUGCGAGAACGAUGCCUGCAGAAGGGGCAGAUGACAUUCCUGGGCCAGUGACCUGGGAGCCAAGGCCUGAGAACUCCAUCUUUUUAAAAUGGCCAGAGCCUGAGAAUCCCAAUGGAUUGAUCCUCAUGUAUGAAAUAAAAUAUGGAUCCCAAGUCGAGGAUCAGCGGGAAUGUGUGUCCAGACAGGAGUACAGGAAGUAUGGCGGGGCCAAGCUCAACCGGCUCAACCCGGGGAACUACACAGCCCGCAUCCAGGCCACCUCUCUCUCUGGGAACGGGUCGUGGACGGAUCCCGUGUUCUUCUACGUUCAGGCCAAGACAACGUAUGAGAACUUCAUCCACCUGUUCAUCGCUCUGCCCAUUGCGGUUCUGUUGAUAGUGGGAGGGUUGCUUAUAAUGCUGUACGUCUUCCAUAAAAAAAGAAAUAACAGCAGGCUGGGAAAUGGAGUGCUGUAUGCCUCUGUGAACCCGGAAUAUUUCAGCGCAGCUGAUGUGUACGUGCCUGACGAGUGGGAGGUGGCCCGGGAGAAGAUCACCAUGAGCCGGGAGCUGGGCCAGGGCUCCUUCGGGAUGGUCUAUGAAGGCGUGGCCAAGGGCGUGGUCAAGGAUGAGCCCGAGACCAGGGUGGCCAUUAAGACGGUGAAUGAGGCCGCCAGCAUGCGCGAGCGGAUCGAGUUUCUCAAUGAGGCCUCGGUGAUGAAGGAGUUCAACUGUCACCAUGUGGUGCGCUUGCUGGGCGUGGUGUCCCAGGGCCAGCCGACGCUGGUCAUCAUGGAACUGAUGACCCGGGGGGACCUCAAAAGUUAUCUCCGGUCUCUGAGGCCAGAAAUGGAGAAUAAUCCAGUCCUAGCACCUCCCAGCCUAAGCAAAAUGAUCCAGAUGGCUGGCGAGAUUGCAGAUGGCAUGGCAUACCUCAACGCCAAUAAGUUUGUCCACAGAGACCUCGCUGCCCGGAACUGCAUGGUGGCCGAAGAUUUCACAGUCAAAAUCGGAGAUUUUGGGAUGACGAGAGACAUCUAUGAGACGGACUAUUACCGGAAGGGGGGGAAGGGGCUGCUGCCCGUCCGCUGGAUGUCCCCCGAGUCCCUCAAGGACGGAGUCUUCACCACUCACUCUGACGUCUGGUCCUUUGGGGUUGUCCUCUGGGAGAUCGCCACGCUGGCCGAGCAGCCGUACCAGGGCCUGUCCAACGAGCAGGUCCUUCGCUUCGUCAUGGAGGGUGGCCUUCUGGACAAGCCGGACAACUGUCCUGACAUGCUGUUUGAGCUGAUGCGCAUGUGCUGGCAGUACAACCCCAAGAUGCGGCCUUCGUUCCUGGAGAUCAUCAGCAGCGUCAAGGACGAGAUGGAGGCGGGCUUCCGGGAGGUCUCCUUCUACUACAGCGAGGAGAACAAGCCGCCGGAGCCGGAGGAGCUGGACCUGGAGCCCGAGAACAUGGAGAGCGUGCCGCUGGACCCCUCGGCCUCCUCGGCCUCCCUGCCGCUGCCCGACAGACACUCAGGACACAAGGCCGAGAACGGCCCGGGCCCGGGCGUGCUGGUCCUGCGGGCCAGCUUCGACGAGAGGCAGCCCUACGCGCACAUGAACGGGGGCCGCAAGAACGAGCGCGCGCUGCCCCUGCCCCAGUCCUCGACCUGCUGAUCCCGGAUCCUGGCCGUGCAUACAGUAACGCGCGCGCGCGGCGGCGGGGGUGGGGAGAGUGUUCACAAUCUAUUCACAGCUUCCUGUACCUCAGUGGAUCUUCAGAACUGCCAUGGCUGCCCACAGGAGACGGCUUCUCUGCAGUAAACACAUUUGGGAUGUUCUUUUUCUCAAUAUGCAAGCCGCUUUUUAUUUCCCUACACAAACCCUUAACUGACACGGGCCUUUAAGAACCUCAGUGACAACACUUAAUAGCAACACUUGAGAACCAAGUCUCCUCUCUCCCUGUCUCUCUCUUUCUCUCUUUCUCCACACCUUUCUCUCUCUUUCUGCUUCAUGAUGGAAACACAUUUGCCGCAAGCCCAGGCGGGACGCCCUCUGCAUCGGAUUGAAGCAAGGGCUGCCCGUCUGUGGCCCCACAUUGCCCUGAACACACCUGCCAGUCACCGUAGGUCUUUAUAAAAAACACGUUGAGACGGGAUUUUUUUAACUGUCUUUAACAUUUUUAGGGACAUACGAAAUUUACAAAGGGCCAUCGUUCACCCAAGGUUGUGACCAUUGUUAACGCUGCCAAAUUCUGCCAAAACCCCAAUUCUUCCCCUUCAGCGCCCCCCCACCGUUCUCUCCUUUCCGGAGGCCUGGGCGAGCCGGGAGCUAGUCACUCAGUAAGGGCCGCGCUGCUGACGCCCUGCACCUUGGUCGUCCCUGGUGUUCCAGUCUCGCGUUCACACAGGUCCGUUGGCUUCUGAUGAGGUUAUUAUUUGGGGGCACUGGACAGAAUGAGAGUCGCUCUCAGUGAGGAUGGGGAGGAGCCGGCCUGGCUUCCCCACCCCCCUUUCUGCACCCCCACCUUCUAGCCCCCCAGGAAUCCUGGAGGAAACAGGCCCUGUCGGGAGCCUGGACAACAGGCUCUGAGUAAAGGUCGUCCACGUGCCCGUCUCCUGCCCCCGCCCAGCCCCCAAGGACACAGAUGGGAAGGGGUUGCCAGGGACUCAGCCCAGCUGUUCAUGCAGGUUUGCAAGGAAAGCAAUUCCAACACCACAACAGUGCGAAGAAAAGCAGUAAAUGGAUUCAAGCAUUCUAAGCUUUGUUGACAUUUUCUCUGUUUCUAGGACUUCUUCGUGGGUCUUACAGUUCUAUGUUAGACCAUGAAACAUUUGCAUACACAUCGUCUUUAAUGUCACUUUUAUAACUUUUUUACGGUUCAGAUAUUCAUCUAUACGUCUGUACAGAAAAAAAAAAGCUGCUAUUUUUUUUGUUCUUUAUCUUUGUGGAUUUAAUCUAUGAAAACCUUCAGGUCUACCCUCUUUCCUCUCUGCUCACUCCAAGAAACUUCUUAUGCUUUGUACUAGAGUGCGUGACUUUCUUCCUCUCUUCCCAGUAAUUGAUACUUAUAUAACAUAAUUUGCCAUGAACUGUUUGAUGCCUUUUUAUAAAUACAUAGCCCUCCCUGCUC